AUGGUUAGGUUUUUCUGUUUUUCAUCCUCUACUACACAACAGAAACCGAAGGAGGCCUUUCUGCUAGCAGAUAAGACCAUGCUUACUGUUUCAAAGAAAGAUUCUCAGGAACAAACAGUGAAGUUCACUACUGGAUCAGUGGGCCCGAAGCAGAUGGCGGAUGAAAAUAACCAUUCAGUUGCUAGUGGGCAGUAUGAUAUUAACUCAUCAUCUCACCAAGAAUGCUGGAGAUCUGAUGAAUGGAAUAGACAUGCAUGCUCUGAUGAUGACAAAGAGGAGAAAGUUGGGCACCUACAGAAGAGCCAGUCUCUUGGGAACAUGCUUCAAGAGGAUUGUGAUCAUCAUGGCAGUGAAGGUACUGAGUGUGACAUUACAGACCAUGAUUACAGAAGCCAUUGCUCUGGUUUCAAGAGCAAUACAGAUGUUGAAGAAUCCACUAGGUUAGGCAGCAAGAACAACGAGAAUGUUUUUGAUGCCUCAUCUGACCUGAUCAGUCAUGGUGUUUAUGAACCUUCAGUUGAUCAUGCCGCUGAUUCUGACAGGCAUCACUCUUAUGACCACAGCAAAUUUCCAAGGUCACAAUCUGCUAUAUUUCAGAAUAAUUCUGAUAGUGACCGAGAAGGUUCUGUUGAUUCUGAGAGACUAGGCCCCCGUUGCAGAUCUUUUGAGGAUUUAUGUUCAAUGGACGGUGAAAAGGUUGAUUACUUGAGUGGUGAUGAAACAAAUCGCUCGAAAUCAAAUUUGCCUGUGCUUUGUGCUGGACCUUCUUCGCCAGGUAUCUCUGAAUUAUUAGACUUGGAGAAUGGUUCAGGAGGUCGCUCUGAUGCUGCUGAAGAUGGCCAACGGUCCUCUGCAAGUGUAGAUGGGAAGUUUGUGAGGGAUGGGAUGAUAAGUCAUGACUACUGGGAUGGCAAAUAUAUUGCUGCUGAUAAUUCAGCUCAUCCAGUUGCCACUUGCUUUGGGGAUUCAGGGCAUUAUUGUGUCAUCAAUGGUGCUUUAAAUCAAGAGAGGGAAGAGAAAUUGUGGAACAGAAAUAGCGGUCUCGACCAGGAGUCACUUGGCAUUGACAUGCCUAAUUUGAAGAACCCGUCUGACUCGAAGGAUAUUAGUGAGGAAGCUGAACACAAUGAAACUGAAAUGAAUGGUGAUCAGCAUUUUGACGAGGACUCAAAUGAACUUAGUCCAAGAGCUUACAGCAUUAAAAGGAUCGAGGAUUGGAUCAGCCAAAUUGAUAUUGACAGUGACAUCAUUGUGGAGGAGCAGGGAGAAAGUUCAAGUUCUGCAUCAACAAAAUAUAGCGAGUCGGUGGUCAGUGUUUCUGCUGUGCGCCCUGAUGCUAAAAGUCCUCUUGGCAUGGAGAUAGCUUACACUUAUAUUUCAAAAUUGACUCCUGUUUCUUCAUCUGCACAAUUGCCAAACCUUGGUUUGGUUGCAAUCCCAAGACUGAGCGCGUUCUCAGGCCUACGGCUGUUGAACUUAUCAGGGAAUUCAAUAGUGCGCGUAACUGCAGGAGCUCUCCCGAAAGGUCUUCACAUGUUAAGCCUGUCGAAGAAUAAUAUCUCGAUUAUUGAAGGCCUUAGAGAACUAACACGCUUACGCUUGCUGGACAUAAGCUAUAAUAGGAUCUCUAGAAUUGGCCAUGGUUUGGCUUCAUGUUCUUCUUUGAAGGAGUUAUAUCUGGCUGGUAACAAGAUCAGUGAGGUAGAUGGCCUUCACCGCCUUCUGAAGCUAAAAGUUCUGGACUUGCGCCACAACAAGAUUUCUACAUCCAAGGGCCUUGGUCAACUGGCUGCGAACUACAAUUCCCUCGAAGCCAUCAACCUAGAUGGCAACCCGGCACAGAAGAACGUAGGUGACCAGCACCUGAAGAAGUACCUGUUAGGCCUCUUGCCAAACCUUGCUGUGUACAACAAGCAGCCUGUAAGAGCAACUGGCUCAAAAGAGGUCUCGGACCGUCACACACGCAAGAUCUCUUCUUCCCAUCGUUCUGACCGCAGUUCCAGAUCGGACCGCAAAUCUUCCAGGUUGGUGGCUGGCACAUCUUCACGGCAUGCCCGUCCUGCACAUACUUCAGGCCCUUUGGUGAAGCAGUCGAGGUCCCGGAACAUGCCAAUGGCAGCGCUGGGCUCUAGACCAGUGGAAUAUGCGGGUGCUGGAGUUCCAGCGAAGCAAAUUCAGAUGGAGGAAAAUUCGCAGUGA